UGUCACCACCCAGCAACCAUGAAGAAAAAGGUCCUUUUAAUGGGUAAAAGUGGUUCAGGAAAAACCUCCAUGCGUUCUAUUAUCUUCUCAAACUAUAUUGCUCGCGACACUAGACGUCUCGGAGCAACUAUUGAUGUGGAGUCAUCCAGCGUCAAGUUCUUAGGAAACUUGACAUUGAAUCUUUGGGACUGUGGUGGACAGGAAGCUUUUAUGGAGCAUUAUUUUGCCUCGCAGCGGGGCCAUAUCUUCAAGUCUGUUGAGCUAUUGAUCUAUGUCUUUGAUGUCGAGAGCCGGGACUCAGAAAAGGAUAUUCAUUACUACCAGUGGUGUCUCGAAGCAAUUCUCGAAAAAUCACCCAAUGCCAAAAUAUUUUGUUUACUACACAAGAUGGAUUUAGUUCCAUUGGAUCAAAGGGACCAGUUGUUUUCACACUGGAAAAAUGAAUUGCAAAGACUAUCACUUCCAUUAGAAACAGUCGUCUUCCCGACUUCGAUAUGGGAUGAAACGCUGUAUGCUGCAUGGUCAAAGAUUGUGCAUUGCUUGAUACCCAACAUAAAUACACUGCAAAUGCAUUUGGAUAAAUUCUGUGAGAUUUGUGAAGCGGAUGAAGUGGUGCUUUUUGAACGAACAACAAUCCUGGUGAUUGCAAACGCAGCGCGGGUUCAACAUCCAGACAUCCACCGAUUCGAAAAAAUUAGCAGUAUCAUCAAACAGUUCAAUCCGAGUGGCCGGGAGCCGUCACAUUUCAAAAGUAUGGAAAUUCGCAGCGCGACUUUUAGUGCGUUUAUCGACGCCUUAACUACCAACACUUAUGUCAUGGUGGUUUUGUCGGAUUCAUCCAUUCAAUCGGCAGCUACCCUGCAUAACAUUUCUGUAGCUAGAAAGCACUUUAAGCUACUGGAAAUUGACCGACCAUAAUCAUUCCUCAUCUAUCAAUUCGGCCACCUUAUGAUAAUCAAGUCGUAUGAUAUGUUAAAGCAAUAUUACUCACUAAGAAAUUCAAAAAAAAUUUGUAGAAAGGACAAAAAAAAAAGAACAAGGAACCAAAUUAUGUAGCAUUGACAGGGUCCGUUAAAGUAUAAAGUGUAUCAAGAGGUUGUGGUAUCGUUUGAUGUGUCUUCCUCUUCCUCCUCCACCGGCUCCGGUCGACUUGCCUCUUCAUAUCCUUCCAUUUCCUCUAAUAAUUUCAUCGUAAUUGCAUCUGAAAAUCCGUAAAACUGUGCAU